CCUCAUUCAAUGUCACAACGACAACGCCAGAACUCUCUAAUCCCAUACCUCCAUCCCUCACUCAAAAUUCCAUGUCUAGGAAAAAGACCCAAAAGGUCCUGAUCCCACGAGGCACCGUAAACCCUAAUGAAGACACCCUUAUCGAAAUACCCACAUCCCUGAAGGAAAAGCCGAUGGUAAUCGCCAGCCAACCGCACCACAGCUUUGGGAAUACCAGCAGACCAUUGGAAAAAUCCUUCACAAGGUCCACCUCACCUAUAACAAGUGCUGGUAGAGCUGGAUUCCACUCUACGACCAUCCCAGAUCCAGUAUUUUCCAGCAGCAUGGUGGAAAUGGACGAUAUGAGGUUGCCUGAUCUGGAUUCUACCGAACAGGAGGAAGCAAUGAUGGUCCAGGAGAAAUUGCGGGCGUUUCAAGAGGCGCGCCGCCGGUUCCUGAUGGAGGCUACCCGAGUGGCAAACAAGUCGAUCCAAACGAGUCCUUUGAGUUUUUCAAACAGCUUCCAACAGGAUGACGUCCAGGGUUGUUCCUCUAGAUCCAGAAUGGGGCGGAAGCAUCAUGGUAGAAGGACGAAGUCCUCUAGAAGCUGGGACGAUGAGGAUGAUGACCAAUGUGGAUGUUGACAAAAAAGGUUCUUCUAGAAUGUUUCAUGUGACGCUACUGAUCAACCGACCCAUUUAAAAAUUUCACUACAGUUUAAACAAAUAAAUCAGAUAAAGAGCGACCGUAAUAAUUAUUGACGAAAUGGGAUUUCUUUUCGAACAGUGUGAUCAGGUAUUCUCCUUCACAUUGAAGUUGUUUUUAGCUGUCGAUCGAGUAAAUAAACAGACCUCAACCAUCCAACUUGCAACAUUCUGCUUAUCUUUGUUUCAAUGCCAGUUUUAGGACUCUCUUCGCCAGUCAAAGCAACACACAUGGAAAACAGCUCAACUGUUUCCAUUGCCGAAUUCUUCCACUGUGACUGUCUUUGUUAUCGUCUUUGUUGGGGCUGUCGAUGUUAGGCAGAAUUUCAACUAAUUUACUAUCAACAACUAGACUUUAAGCAACGAAUCAUUGAAAUAAAUUCCUCAAAAACAAAAUGACUGCAAAGAAAGCAAAGCAAGAUGAGCUAAGCUUCCCAAUGAACAAAAGGCUUCCGUUUCGGAUUUACAUCGGCUACGCAUUGGGGCAUGUUCUGAACGAUGUGUGCGCUGCCAUGUGGUUCAGCUAUCUUCUGGUGUUUUUCCAUCUGGUCUUGGGAUUCAAAAGUGGCGAAGCUGGAGUUCUGCUAUUGGUCGGCCAAGUGGCUGAUGCAGUGGCAACGCCUUUCAUUGGCUACAACUCCGACAAGGACCACCAUUGGUGGAUCUACCGGUUUGGCAAAAGGAAGAUUUGGUACUUCAUGGGUUCCAUCUGCGUCGUCCUCACGUUUCCCUUCAUUUUCUCGCCGUGCAUCAGCUGCCAAACCGCGUCCAGACUCAGCCAGAUGAUAUACUACUCGUUCUUCAUCGUGUUCUUCCAGUUUGGAUGGGCGGCUGUUCAAAUCGCCCAUAUGUCCCUGAUGCCGGAAAUCACCUCCAAUGAGCAUCAGCGCACCAAACUGGCAGCAGUGCGCAAUGGAGCUACUGUUGUAGCUAGCGUGUUGGUUUACCUAGUCACCUGGGGGGUUCUGCAGAUAUCCGGACGCAGCGACAAAAAAAUCGGCGCUGAGGACGCAGCAAGAUUCCAGCACAUCGUCUGGUCAGUCAUGGUGUUUGGAAUCGUAUGCUCAAUCCUAUUUUACAUCAUGAUUAAAGAGCCUCUGGCCACCAAGAGUGGCAACGAAGAAAACUACAUCGCCCCCAUCAGCUUCAAGAAAAUCUUCCUGAAUCCCAACUUGUACUUGGUUGGCACCGUCUACAUGACUUCCAGGCUUUUCAUUAACUUAACCCAAGUCUUCAUUAGCCUCUACUUGUCGGAGAGUCUGGAUAUGGUGGCUAGUUCUUUGGCCCUAGUCCCGCUUGCCAUGUACAUUGCGAGCUUUGUAGCUUCGAUUCCAGUCGGCCCAAUAACGAACCUUGCCGGAAGAAAGCUCACGUAUGUCAUAGGGGCGAUUUUGGGAAUAUGCGGCUGCUUAUGGAUCCACUGGGGCCAAGGCAAUAACUUCAAGACCUACUACAUCUUUGUUGUUUCUGCCCUCCUCGGAUCGGCCAGCACUAUAGUCUUGGUAUCCAGUUUGGAUAUUACGACCAGUUUGAUUGGUUCCAAGACAAGCCGCGGGGCUUUUAUCUACGGAAUAAUGAGCUUUGCGGACAAGUUGUCCAAUGGCGUGGCGGUGAAGGUUAUCCAGGAUGUCCACAAUGAAGACGACCAUGCAGGGUUUUAUCAAGAUAUCAUGACUUAUGUGUGUGGAGGAGUGUUAAUUCUGGGAGCUGCGGUGGUUUCGAUGGUCAACAACCGGGAGCGAAAGGAGAGGCAUGACAUGAGAGGUGAAGCUUUUAGGACCUCCAUCAGUACAAUAACUUAACGCAGUUUGCAAUCUUUUUUGAUGAAUAUACUUUGAUGAAGGUUUUUGUGGCAA